UUUGGCCGUUACUGUGUUUAUGUGUGUGUAUGCCUGUUUCCAGAUUGUACAUGGCCAGGUUCCUGUUCAGGUUGAAAAUAACCGCGUCUUCGUCGCCAAUGGACCGUUUGCCCUAGAUAAUGAACCUGUCGAUAUCGUCGAUGGUCGUCUCGAUAACACACUUUUGUUAUUAAAUGAAGGUAGUCAAACUUCUCCCGGAAAUGGAUUAUGUUUGGCAGUCGGUGUUUUACUUGGAUUAUCUUUUCCAAUCAGAUCAUCUGAUGGAAGUAUGAUGUCUGUUGGUCAAAUGAUGGCAAUGAAUGUUAUGAAUACAGUGAGAGGUAUGAUGACAGGAACUAUAGUAUCACCUGUGAUGCCUACAGUUUGUCCUAGCCCAGUCACAUGUCCGCCCCCAGUCACAUGUCCGCCUCCGGUAUCAGUACCAACUUGUAAAUUCGGAUGGACUUUAAGAGGAACACGCUGUUAUUUUUUUAGUGGGAAGAAACUGCCAUGGAACUAUGCUCAGUCGUCUUGUCAAGCAAAAGGUGGAAGGCUGGCAGAAUUGGAAACCCUUGAAGAAAUAAAAGCUGUAAGGAGGAUUGCUUCACUCAAAAAAAGAAAGUGGUUUUGGAUUGGUGGAAAACGUAUCGGAAAGGGAAAGUUCGAUUUCAACUGGGAUUCAACCAACCAGAAAAUAACAGUUUCGGAUUGGGCAUAUGGGCAGCCAUCCAAUAAGGAUGGAAGACAAGGUUGUAUUCUACUUUCUGCAAUGUUUCGAUACAAAUGGAAUGACAGAGAGUGCAAACUACCCUCGUACUACAUAUGUGAAAAAAGUGCUACAACGGCAGUAUGCCGCAACUAAAUCUGCAGAGCACCACGAUUCACAAUCAGUGAGGGAAGCUGGA